AGUUGUAACGUUAGCAACCACGCUGAGAGACAAGAACGGUUAUCGAUACUGUGACGAACUGCUUUCUAAAAUGUUUUCAGAUACACAUUUAAUCUAUGCCUGACACCUCAAGAACAGCUGGAUCUACUCGAAAAGCGGUGUUUGUUGUUAUCGAGCCGAGCGGUCGGUGAGCAAUGCCGCCAUCAUCUAGCUGUGACUGCCCUCACCUGGACUGCGUGGGGGAGAUCACCAAGGAGGAACUUAUUCAGAAGUCCCAUGGCCAGUGCCAAGACUGUAAAGUCAGAGGACCAAAUCUGUGGGCAUGUUUGGAGAACGGCUGUGCAUAUGUGGGCUGUGGAGAAUCUCACACCGAUCACAGCACUGUUCACUCGCAGGAGACGAGGCACAACCUCACUGUGAAUUUGACCACGCUUCGAGUGUGGUGCUAUGCCUGCGGCAAAGAGGUUUUCCUGGAGCGGAAACUUGGUCCACAUUCGCCCCACGCCAACAUCAAACCCCUCCCCUUAACGCAGAAUGCUAGUCAGGACAACAACAAGGCUCCUGGGAGCCCAACCUCUCUGAGAGUGCCCUCUAAUGGAGCCUGUGAAGAUCUAGACAUGGAGAUGGAGGAGGAGGACGACUUGCGUGCCAGAGGUCUGACAGGGCUGAAGAAUAUAGGCAACACAUGCUACAUGAAUGCUGCCCUUCAGGCUCUGUCCAACUGCCCACCCUUGACGCAGUUUUUUCUCGAAUGUGGCGGCCUGGUGAGGACGGACAAAAAGCCUGCUCUCUGCAAAAGCUACCAGAAGCUGGUUUCAGACUUGUGGCACAAGAACAGACCGUCUUAUGUGGUCCCGACCAAUUUGUUCCAGGGGAUCAAAGCCAUAAAUCCUAUGUUCAGAGGGUAUUCUCAGCAGGACUCCCAGGAAUUUCUGCGCUGUUUAAUGGAUCAACUUCACGAGGAGCUCAAGGAAUCGAUGCCUGAGCCCUAUGACCAGUCCAACAGCAUCGCCAUGGACGACGGGCCCGAGGAGGAUAACCACAGCCAGUCAGAUAAUGACUUCCAGUCAUGUGAGUCCUGUGGCAGCAGCGAGAGGGCUGAUAAUGAGGUGCAGGGUGGGAAUGUUCUCAUGGAAGACACGAACGAGGCAGAGAUGCUGAUUGCUGAGAAUGAUGAGAUCCAGGCCAACAGGGAGUGGCAGAAGGAGAAGAACAUGAUCAAUGAUUUUUAUCGAUCUGGGGUAAACGGUGUAAUGGGUGGAAGCAAUGGGGCAGACAUUGACAAAGAUGUUGACACCUCCACUGAGGCCACGCCCAUUAUUAGCAGCCAAGGAGCCAUCAAGGUUCAAGGCAGGACAUCAGAUUGCUUUCCAGAUAUUCAAAUUUCCAACACUACAAGACCACAAAGUCCAGUCCCUAUGGAAGGACAUAUUCCCAAAACGUCCAGCAGCCCACCCAAAGCUGCCUCUAGCUGGCCCAGCUUGAAUCCUGCUCACAAGAAAGCAGUUACCACAUUCACCCCACCAAAGAACAAGCGUCAGAAGAAAUACCGCAGUGUCAUUUCAGAUGUAUUUGAUGGGACCAUUGUCAGCUCAGUUCAGUGCCUCACCUGCGAUCGGGUGUCUGUGACCCUGGAGAACUUCCAGGAUAUAUCGUUGCCCAUUCCCGGGAAAGAAGACUUAGCCAAGCUCCACUCAUCCACCCACCAGACGUCCCUGGUAAAAGCUGGCUCCUGUGGGGAAGCUUAUGCACCUCAAGGCUGGAUAGCAUUUGUCAUGGAAUACAUUAAGAGCUGGUUCUGGGGUCCGGUGGUUACGCUACAAGACUGCCUGGCAGCGUUCUUUGCCAGGGAUGAACUAAAAGGAGACAAUAUGUACAGUUGUGAAAAAUGCAAGAAAUUACGAAAUGGGGUCAAGUUUUGUAAAAUGCAGAAUUUGCCAGAGAUUCUGUGUAUUCACUUGAAGCGCUUCAGACAUGAACUGAUGUUCUCCACCAAGAUAAGCACCCAUGUGUCUUUCCCACUUGAGGGCCUGGAUCUGCAGCCUUUUUUGGCCAAAGACGGCUCCGCCCAGACCACCAACUAUGACCUGCUGUCAGUCAUCUGUCACCAUGGCACUGCCAGCAGUGGCCACUACAUAGCAUACUGCAGGAAUGAUAUGAAUAAUCUGUGGUAUGAAUUUGAUGACCAAAGUGUGACCGAGGUGUCUGAAUCCUGUGUCCAGAAUGCUGAAGCAUAUGUCCUCUUCUAUAAAAAGAGCAACGAGGACGCAGUGAAGGAACGUAGGAGGGUGUCAGGCUUAUUCAACAUGAUGGAGCCCAGCCUUCUGCAGUUCUACGUCUCCCGCCAGUGGCUUAACAAGUUCAAGACCUUUGCUGAGCCAGGCCCCAUUUCCAAUGAUGACUUUUUGUGUGUACAUGGAGGUGUGCCUCCCAACAAAGCCACAUUCAUUGAUGAUCUGGUGGUGAUGCUGCCACAGAACGUGUGGGAUCACCUUUACAGCAGAUAUGGAGGGGGGCCAGCUGUUAACCACCUGUAUGUCUGCCACACUUGUCAGAUUGAGAUAGAGAAACUAGAAAAACGACGCAAGUCUGAGCUGGACAUGUUUGUCAGGCUGAACAAGGCGUUCCAGGAGGAGGAGACUCCGGUGGUCAUAUACUGCAUCAGCAUGCAGUGGUUUCGUGAGUGGGAGGGCUUUGUCAAAGGAAAAGACAAUGAUACACCAGGACCCAUUGAUAAUUCCAAGAUAACAGUAAACAAGAAUGGCCAUCUGAUUCUUAAACAAGGGGCGGACUCGGGGCAGAUCUCUGAAGAGACGUGGAACUUCCUCCACUCCAUCUACGGCGGCGGUCCAUUGUUAACAGUGCGGCCAAACAUCAGUCACCAGGAAGCCGACACAUCACAGUCGGAGGAGAAGAUUGAGGUGGAGACGCGCUCAGUUUGAUCAAAGCACUUGACAGUAAAAAAAAAAAAAAAAAAAUUAAAACAAAAAAAGAAAUAUAAAAGAAACCUUUUUAUUUUGCACUUGACUUUAUUUCCAAAAGCAUUCAAGCGAAGGACCUCAUCUUUUCUGCUAUGUGACAGCCUUUUACAGAGGAAUUUAACAUGUCUGGAAAGGUUUGUCAUGUUGUACAAAUCUGUAUAAAGAGCUCCUAAAUUUCUAUUAGCGUUGUAGAAUUCAUGUGUCAGUAAGUUUUUCAGAAAUGAGCAUUUAAAUUGUGUGCAGCUAAAAAAAUCCUCUGAAUGCCAUAUUUUUUUCUCGACCAAAUGAGCACAUAUAUUGUAUGUUCAUGUGUUGCUGAUACUGAUAAAUCACAAUACAUCUCGCUGUAGAUAUAUCACACAUUUUUCCUGUUGUACGAGAAUAUUGUCCACUGAAUGGUAAGGAGAGCAAAGUGUGACACUUAAAGUGAUGAAUAUCAAAAGGUUAUGAAGGGACUAAUUUCUGACUAGUCUCAGGAAUGACUCGUUUUUUGCACUGUUCUGUAUGAAGUACAAAUUGGCAUUCUCUAUGCAGGUGUCUGAUUUGUAUUUGAAUGUAUCAGUAAUAAUGGUAUGUUGGUCAAGAUUCAGCUCUUGAGUGAUUUAUUAUGUGAACAGAAUUUUUUUUUUAGAAAAUUUGUGGCAGGCACACUGCAAUGAAUGCAUGCUUAACACUCAAGUACGUUUUAACAUCACGUGUAAUUGCAUGUAAAUGCAAAGAUGCUCAUAAAAUGUGCACGCAAAUCGGAUCUAUCUUCGCUAAAUUGUAAAAUGUAACCAACAUCAUCAGCAAUCUAAUUAAAGGCAUUAUUUUGUGUAUGGUCAUGGUGUAGCUUAAUGUGCUGGCUGAUGGGUCAACUGAAUGCUGUACUACAAACUUUUGCAUUUAAGUGAGAUCUAUCCUGAUUUUCGCUGGCUGACACUAUUAAAACUUGAUGGAAACGUG